AUGGGACAGGAACAAGAUGGAUCAACAGCCAAGACGAAGCAGAAUAAAAAGAAAUCUAAAACGCAAAGCGAAAAUGAUAAAGAAAAAAUCGAAGAAAGAAUAACUCAAAAUGGUUCGAAAAUAGAAGUAGUAUCCUUAUACAUAGAUAGAUAUUUUAGCACACAUGUUACGUCAGCAAUUCUUCUUUCUUUUUCGAAAAUAAUUUCAGAACAGCUUAAUAUCAAAGUUGAUCGCCUGGCAAAGCGAAAUAGAUCGGCUUUGUUGUGUUGGUACGCAGAGCACUGGGACCAAAUUUUUCCAAUCCUAAAAGCAAGAGAUCUUGAUAGUGUUAUCAAUCCAGCUCCAAACUUUGCUGAAGGAACUCAAGCAUCAGAAAAUUUCAAAGUGAUAAGCAAUACGUGUUUUGAUCUGAAUAACAUUGAUACAUUACUUAACUUUCAUUAG